CCAAAGAAUUGAAACACUCUGUAAGUUUGUUCGGAGUAAGAGUAGCGUAGUGGGGUAGCGUGCCGCGAGAGGGUGCCGCGCGAGGCAGGUCAGGGCUGGGGCUCAGUACGUUUGCGUACGCCGUGUCGUUCGCAUCGUGUUACGUUCCUCCGCGAUUCUUCGCUCGCUAACUACUCCAUUUCUCUAUGUAUCGAGCCCUUCUCUGUGAAAUCAACUGAACCACACUAAAGACCAUCGACGUAUGAUAAUCAAGUGUGUGCAUUAUUCGUGAUGGUGCAACGAUUCGCUUACAUAAUUGUUGGCGUGCAUUAAGCCAGAGAGUUGCAUAUACGCGCGUGACACAAGUGAGAGUGAAUGCACUGCACCUUUUCGCUGCUCUUCUCCCACUAUACACGACAGUUUUUUUCUUCACAUCUUCUUCCCGCUUCGGUCUGGCAUCAUAUACAUAUAUGUAUAUAUGCAGAUUUAUUUUCUAUUUAUUUUCAAUUGCUUAAAGAAAAUGAGAGCAUUCAAAAGCGCAGACAGAGCAACGAUCAUGGCAUUGCACGGGGAAAACGUAGUAAUGAUUUUGUUUAUAUUUUUUGUAUUUGCUGACCCCAUCAACGAUUAUGCUGGGACGUAUCAGGUGGAGUACGCAGCAGUCAGAGCCACAGAACUCACAGCCAGCAACAACAGAUCAACAAGAACCACAGAAUCAAACGGAGAGUCAGAAAAUAGAACAAGAAUUUACCAAAAUGACAGAUCAGCGGGAGCAACAACCCCAGCCACAACAGCAGCAACAGCAACAACAACAACAAACCAAAGGCAAUGAAGAACCAAGAACGAAUUUGAUCAUCAAUUAUCUUCCACAGAGUAUGACAGAGAAAGAUCUUUAUAGUUUGUUUGUAACUAUCGGACCUGUGGAAUCUUGUCGUGUUAUGAAAGAUUAUAAAACAGGAUAUAGUUACGGGUUCGGCUUUGUUAAUUAUGCGAAAGCAGAAGAUGCAGCCACUGCUAUAAGUACUUUAAAUGGACUCCAAGUCCAGAAUAAAAGGCUAAAAGUGUCUUUUGCACGGCCAUCUGGUGAGGAGAUCAAAGAAACUAAUCUUUAUGUAACAAAUUUGCCAAGAAAUAUAACUGAAAGUCAAAUUGAUGAUAUAUUUAGCAAAUACGGAAAUAUCGUGCAAAAGAACAUUUUAAAAGAUAAGCUCACUGGAUUACCAAGGGGUGUAGCAUUCGUGAGAUUUGACAAGCGGGAAGAAGCACAAGAAGCAAUCGCACGACUACACGGUACGAUACCAGAAGGUGGAUCAGAGCCACUUAGCGUAAAAAUCGCGGAGGAACACGGAAAGCAGAAAGCGGCAUACUACGCUGGAUGGCAGGCUGGUUAUAACCAGAGUCGAGGUGCUGGAGGCGGCCUGGGAGGUGGAGGAAGGGGCAGGGGAAUUGGUGGACCACCAGGAAUGGGCAUGGGUAUCAGUGGAGGUGGGCCAGGAAUGUUAGGAAGAGCGGGAGGUGGUUUCGGGCCGCGUGGCGGGCCACACAGCAGUUUCCUCGGCGGAAGUGGCGGCCCUGGCGCCAUGAGGAUGGAAAAGAUACACCCACAUCGCUUCAAUCCUAUCGGUAUGGGCGGCGGCUACGUGCAGUCCCACUUCUGGUGACCUAGCGUCGUCGACGACCUGGCUCGCAAGACAGCACCGACUAUGUAUCUUUCUUCGUCCGACCGGAGACCAAGCAGCGACGACCGUUGUCGUUCGUAACUCUGCCGAAUAAGCAUACGUUACCCUCGAGCGAUCGUGAAAUCAAGGAGACACCAUGAAGACGCAACCAGGAUCGAUAAAAGGCUGCUUCGAUUAAACAGUAUAGAGACAAAAAGACACACAGGGUAUAACUUGAGCAGCCUAGCGUCCUUAUACUACGACUUCCCUCAUAUGUCUCCAACGACGUUCAGCUCGAGAUGCUUGAGGACUGACUGAUCAAGGAUGUGUAAAUUAUUACGCAUAGUAUUUAAUGUUUCUACGUGCCUGUACCAAAGCUCAGAACACCUAGUAUUGUACAUCCGGCGAUGGGUGUUCAGUCGUUUGACUUUGUUAAAAGAACGUCUCUCGAGGUCUUGCAUAUCGCCGAAGAUGUUGUCUUGAACGCUUCGAAACUGUGUGUCCAUUCGAAGCCCUCCAAAUAACGUAAAUAAGUAACGUAACAUAAUCAUGAGUGUUUAACGAGGUUAAAGAUCGUAAUUGUUGCAUUGUGUCGCCAUCAGUUUCUGCUAAUUAUUUUGUUUCGAGGUAUUCAAGAGUCGCUAGAAGGAAUAGCGCGAACAUUUCGGAACGAUAUAUAUCAGAAAGAACGUUUGAUGACGAUAGGAGGAGAGUAUGAUGCUGGACCCAUCGCUAUUUCUACGUCGCUUUUUAUCGUUAAUAUCUUGUCCCUCUUUUCCGUAUCUAGCUUUAAUAUCUUCGUUCCAUUGUGCGUUUAAAUUAAUUGGCGUUCAUUACCGCCGACAAAAUGAUGAUCCUCGAAUGUUUUAUUGCGUUAAGGUACAAAGGGAAAGCUAAAAAAUGAAAGAAAGAACAAACAGGAAAAAGAACGUUUGGUUAUCGAGUCUGUGCCCAUGUUACGCUGAGCUUGGUCGAGACUCGGUAACAAAGUUACGUUGUGCUAAAUUAGCUCUGUUAUCACACCUCUGAGACCGUUGAUAGACGAAUUCUCGUGAGAUUCUAUCUUUCUUGCAUUCGAAAUGCGAACGCGAUGCGAACAACCCUUUUAUCCUGACUAACAUUUAAGGAGAUUGUUGUGAGGUAUACUGCAGGCUAAAAUCCAAGAUGUUUUCAAUAACGGACAGCAAACUGAACUGGUACUCGAUACUUUGAAACUGUUCAUAUCAACUGUUUCAAUUGCAAAUAGUCUUGCAAUGAUUGUUUCAAUUAAGUUCUACCUAAUCUUACAUCUUUUACUCGAGUCCUGUAAACAUAUAUUUUAACGAAUAGACUGCGAAUAUUCAGGCAUUUAUGGAAAAUUUAUGAAUGCAAAGAUACACAUAAUAGGCGAAAGUAUAUAAAAUGUCAAGAGUAGUACUCAAAUGAAAUUUCUGUGUAGAAUCCAUUUCAUAAAAAUUUGCAUAAAUAUUCGUAGUCUAUUAAUGAAUUCUUACCUUGCUUAACACUUAAUCAAUCGCACGCGCCACAGCGAGCUAUGCGUUUCUCACCGUAAUGGACAAGCCAACCUAUACGCUGUCUAUCGCGCAUUUUUCCAAAUAACGUGGACUAUUAUUCACUACUUGAAAAACAAAGAAGUCUAGAAAUUAUUUAAGUGGUCAAUUAUAUUUUACGGUAAUGAUUUUGUUUAAUGAUUUCACAUAUUGUUUAUAUAAAACAUCAAAUUAAGAUUACAUAUUGAAAGUAUAAAAAGAUAUAGGUAAAAUUAAGAACAUUAAAGAUGACUGAAGAUAAAUAACACGACUUGAACGUGAAAUUAAAAAUUCAUAAUGUAUCUUAAUAUUUUUUUAUAGUAUGGUAUCAUUCGAUUAUAACUUUAUCUAGUCAUAACUGAUAGCGUAACUUUUUAAUUAAUUUUAACACCACUAAAUUGGUGUAUUUUAUUGUAUACUGUACUUUAUAAAAGCAGAAAAAGUGGCGCAAUUAAUUGAGAACAAUUCCAGGUAAACAAUAAUUGAU